AUGGAUCCAAGCUCGUUGACAAUUAAAACUAAUCUUGCAAAUAUAAAAGUGAAACAAAACAAGGACAAGUAUUCUCAUAUUUACAAAAUGAAUUCAUUUUCAACACUUGCGUUCGCUCUCCUAAUGUCGUUGUUCUUCACUACCCUAUUUACUACCAUCGACGGAUCAAUCUUCAAAGACCCACCGAUGACAGUCAAUAUAACAAAUGUUCUAAAAAGUCACAAUCAGCUCGCUGUUCGCUGCAAAUCUAGUGAUGAUGACUUGAGAAUCCACCAGCUCCCACCUUUGGGCGGCUACGCCUUCACUUUUCAACCAAACUUCUGGGGCUCAACACAGUUUUACUGUACCUUCGAGUGGUCUGGCUUUUCGCAUUACUUUGAUAUCUACAAGGAUAACAGAGAUAGAACCAAAUGCAACAAUACUCUGUGUUUGUGGAUUGUGGGAGAGCAAG